CGUCUAAACCUAUCUCACUUGGAUUAGUUCUGUAACAAAGGAUAGGAUGGCAUCCGCGACCAUCGACCGCUACCGCAAGGGUGCGGAAGUCUACAAGGGAGACUCCAUAUGCAAGAAGAAAUCGAUUGAGCUACUCGCCGAGCUCCGCCUUCCCAAGGGUCUCUUCCCACUCGAGGACGUAGAGGAGUUCGGGCACAACCGCGAAGCCGGCUUCGUAUGGUUGAUCCAGAAGAAGAAGAAGGAUCACACCUUCAAGAAGAUUAAGAGGCAGGUGUCGUACGCCCCCGAGGUGACGGCCUUCGUGGAGGAAGGUAAGAUGAAGAAGAUGACGGGGGUGAAGACGAAGGAGCUCCUGCUGUGGCUCUCGAUCGUCGAGAUGUACGUCGACGACCCAUCAUCGGAGAAGAUAACCUUCAAGACCGGCACUGGACUGUCGGACAGUUUCCCGAGAGCUGCCUUCGAGCUGGAGCAGUGAGGCAGGGAAAAGAUGGGCGGGCAUUUAAUUAUAUUUUGAUGUAUUGCUGUCACAAAUAAGUGUGGUGUAAUUUGGAUAAUAAAUAUGGCGUGAUUUGGAGUACAUGAUUUCCGGUGUUGAUUCUACUCAGCUUUGUCAUUUACAUUAAUAUCAUAUGUUGCAUGACUCCCACACUAACAUACGUUAUAAUUGAUCAUUGCUCUUAUCUCUAUUGAGACAUUCAAUUGAUCAGUAUCGUAGGUGAUAGAUCUCAAAUUCAAACUCACCUGUGAACGUCUUACAUGUCAUUUAUUAUAACAUAA